CACUCGUUCAAUACGGUUAGCGUUAAGCGUCGCGACGCCAACAUUCUCUCCGUACUGAAAUAGCAAGGUAUACGUUCAGUAGCCGAUUUUCGGUGAAGGCGUACGCACGCCGCGUGUUUGUUGUUGAAGCCGUUUAAAUAUUUAUAUAUUGUUUUAAAGCAAACAGUGCUAUUGUACUGAUGGAUUGUGUUUUGGUUUGUGUAAAACGCCGUAGAUCCUCGGUUCUUUAACAGUUGAUAAUAGCAGCAAAUUGAGAUUGAUCAGACAACUUUCACUGUACAAUUUUCCAUUUGCGCUCAAUUUGUGGCGUUGCUAACGUAAAAAUUACUUAAACAAACUGGUUGCAUCGCGUAUACCGAAAUCGAUUCUGUGAUUGACCCGUUUUCGUGUGCCUUAUUGUAUAAAAAUGGAAAUGACAAAGAUGGAGUUUAACGUGCUUAAAUCGAUAAUGGACCUUGUAUCGUUCUUUUUAGUAUCGACAGUACUAGUAAUUAAAGCAAUCAUCUAUGGCUGCCUACCGAAAUCCUACAAGAAGAAGAAGAAUUUCGAAAACGAAAUCGUUCUAAUCACCGGUGGCGCCGGCGGCAUCGGAAGGCUCGUAGCCCUUAAACUUGCCAAACUGAACGCGAAAAUUGUUUUAUGGGACGUUGAUACGUCAGGUAUUGAAGAUGCCGUAAACCAAGUGAGAGGGAUCGGCGGAAAGGCGUACGGCUACAAAUGCGAUCUAACGGAUAGGGAGGAUGUGUACAGAACCGCUAAUAAGGUUUACGAGGAAGUCGGACAGGUAACGAUCCUCAUCAAUAAUGCCGGAAUUGCUUCGGGGCGCCUUCUUCUGGAUACUCCCGAUCAUUUAAUCCAGCGGACGUUUGACGUGAACAUUAUCUCUCAUUUUUGGACGACCAAGGCGUUUUUGCCGAAGAUGAUCGACAGUAACCACGGGCAUAUCGUCACAAUCGCAUCCUUGGCAGGUCACAUUGGAGUACACAAGCUGGUCGAUUAUUGCUCGUCGAAAUUCGCCGCCGUCGGUUUCGACGAGUCGUUGAGGAUAGAACUCGAAAAGCUGGGGGUUACUGGCGUUAAAACGACCGUAGUGUGUCCCUACUUUAUCCAAGCGACUGGGAUGUUCAACGAUGUCGUCUCCCGUUUCGUGCCGACAUUGAAAUCCACCCAAGUCGCCGAUGAGAUCGUCGAGGCGAUCGAGCUGGAGAAGUUGAGCGUGAUCAUCCCGCGAUACUUGGGAAUAUUAUGCGUGAAGUGGAUUUUACCUUGGACUGUCAUCUCACUGUUCAUGCGCAAUAUCGUCAGUAACGCCGGACCUACGCACGCCGAAGCCUUGCCUCACGAGAAUAAAAAAAUGCCAGAAAAAGGAAUGUUUCAAACGAACGCAGAAUCCGAAUUGCAUCACAGGGCCCACGUUACCGAAAAGAGAUAAUUAUUUUUGUAUUUGUUAAGGAAAUACAGUUUUGAUGGAUGCGUAUGCGCGCGCUUAAUUAAAAGAUCUAAAUUUCU